CAGCAAAGCCAUCACCGCAUCUCGAGGGCACAGCUAAACCGAUGGUCCACGAUUACUCGACGUCUCUAUCUGAAUAAAUUCUUUGCUUCACCAGUAUCCUGCAAUACAAUUCCACAAAUAUCUUUCUUUAUUAUACUCGACUAAUUACAUUUUACAUUCAGUUAGAAAUUCAAUCGAAGGACCCGAUAAAAAUGCGACGUCGUACCUGAGUACGUAGUAUCGGAUAAGUACGUGAUCGCAAUAUUUGGGGAUCAAAGACGAUUAUUUUGAGCAACAAACGUAAAACGACGCUAAUUUACUUUGUAACGAAUACGUUUGUCGUUAUCUCGAGUUUAAACACAGAUAUUUAGUAUUCGAGGUUGCGAUUAUUACGAAAGCUUUUGCGAUAAUAAUAAAUAAUUAAAUAUUGAUAAAUAAUUAAAUAAUUUAGACAUUAAUAUUUCGCGGUAGUGGCUGAUAAACGUGAUAAACGACACAGUGAAACGGAGGGCGUAAGAAGGAACGCGCGGUCUGAUAUUUUAAAAUUGGCGAAGAGAAUGGAAGAAAAGCUACGCUCGUAAUUCCUCUCCCGUCAUUCGGAUAUAAUCCGUCGACGCGCGUGACAAUUAAUGCCACAAAGAGCUUUACGUGCGUGCUACUAUUUUAAAAUCGAAAGCGGAUUACGUCCGUUCGUUGCAUCUCGACUCAAAGGGAGCUUGCGCGUUCGCGCGACUCGAAAAUCGCCGACAACGAAACUUUUUGCUUUGAUCUAACGCAAGGCGAUUUUCAAAUCGUGUCCAUUUCCCUUAUAAAUGUUUAACGAAUGGAAUGGCUGGAAGAAAUGAUGGUCGAGAGUAUAUUUGUGUAAAACCUUUUAUUAGUAGAUUUGCUUUACUUUAUUGUAGGCGCUUUGUUAUAGGAUCACAGGUGCACUGGUGUAUCGUUUCAUUCGGAAAUAAAUUUUUAUUAAAGCAAUAUUGUCCUUCAAAACGCUCUGUUUCUGUCCAGAUAAAUCUGCCCCUUAAAAUAUGUUGCGUUUUUUUCAAAUACUCUAAUAAAUAUCUAUUUUCAAUUUGCCAUAUCGAUAAAUAACACGAAGAAAAAGCGAAAGGACAGGAACAAACUCGAGCUUUUUGAUGCAAUAGCUUGAAUCAUUCUACGAACCAUCUUACACACGUGUAUCGAAAUCGGCUGAUAUCAUGCAGAACCAGCUGACAGAAGCUUUUGUUCGCUUCCACGGACGGCUACGAAGAUUUCGGGAAACAUGUGAUCGCGCAACCGAUCACUCUUUUCCAAAUCCACGGUGCAAAAUUCACGAGUGAAGAGCAGCCUUCUGCGCUCCAUACGGAUUCUUUUAAAUUCUCUGACUUCAAUAUCGAUCCAAAGCACAGGUUAGAGCUUCAAUGCACUGCGACGCCAAACAUUCUUCGAACGAUUUCUCGUUUUCUUGUCCAGGAAAAUUAGAUUCCGAGCAAGAUGGUGAAAACGAAGGACGACGAGGGUCCCUUGUUCUUCAGGGACGGUAUAGUUUACCGAGAAUGGGGCUACCGGCUGUCAAGCCUCGAGAGAUACCCUCUUGCGGAGAUGUAUUUCGAGAAGGCGAUUCAACAGGGCCAGCAAAACGAUCUUAGGACAUACGUUGGUCUCGGAAAAGUGCAACUUAAUUACGCUAGGUUCCGCAGAGCGUUGAAAACCACCGAGAAAUGUCUAAAAUUAGCGCAAUUAACUCGCUGUUUCCCGAGAUUGCUUUCAUUUCCAGAUCCGACCCAUUCCCAUGUGAAGCACAUGCAGUUGCAGACGCUAUUUUACAUCGGCGACUUCGAACACAGUUUGGUACACGCCCAUCAGGGUUACCAGAAGUAUCCAACUACGUUCUUCCAGCAUGGGAUAUUGCGAGGUAACGAAACCAUCGAGGACUGUAUCGGCUUGGAUACCGAACCUAUGGCGCUCGAACUCCUCUCUCCGUGGAUACGAGAGCUGCAGAUAUAUCGAGAAUUGCUGAUCGAGAAACUCAAAGAGGAAGUGGACGAGCUUGCAGGUAAGGAUGAAGAACGAUGUACGAUAAUUUCUUUAGAAAUAGGAAAGCUGAAAAUCAGAGUAAACUACCCUCCCUUGUCCUUAAAAAGUAGCGAAAAUCGAGAAUUAUAUUAUUCUCUAGGCAUAGAAGAGGAACAAACAAAGUUCAAAGUGAAUUACCCUGAAGCUCGAGCGGAAGCCGAUUUCAAAAGGAUGCAGCGUAUCCUCGGGCACAUAUAUCUUGGUUACCUGGCGCACGAUAACGAAUUUUUGCAACACCUGGCCGAACAUCCGGAGAAACUGGAAUCCCCCAAUAAAGAGACCAGCGUGUUGCUUCAUCAAGUGAUAUCGAGGAAUUACCGGAGAGGUAUCCGUAGGCAGAACGUGUUGCGUAUGCGACGACCACUUUACGUGAUGAUGUUCGAGAGUAGACGCAUACCUCCGGGUCACAGGAAGAUGUUGGAGAAUGAGAAGAAGCUGAGGAGGAACCUUAUCAUUAUCCAGGCAGAUUUCCUGUUGCAUCGCCUGCACGAAAUUAGAAUGCGAAAAGACUACAUCACCUUUUUUGGAAUGGUGGACCGUGUGAAAGACAAGUUCGACUCGUACUCGCUGAAGAUGUUUCCUCUAAAGGAGAAGUGUCUGCACGCGCUCUACAACAUGGUCGCGUGGACCUACAUAGACACCCGCGAUUUAUCGAAGAUACAGAGUAGACAACUUAAGAGAACAUACUUGAAACAUCAUCUGGGAAUUCGAGUCGCUGAGCUACCACGCGACAGCGACAUUGGCUGGUUAAAAGCGACCGAUAGAAAAGAAACUCUCAAGACGUACCGCAGAAGGCUAGCCAUGGCCUCGGAACCUUCGGAGCUAGCUUGGCUGUUUCACGAGUUCUCGAAAUAUUUGAUCGACAUCCGUCGCUACGAUCUGGCCAGAUUCUAUGGUAAAAAGGCUCGAGACAUGGGACAGGAAGCAGGCAACGAGCAGUGGAUGUUAAAUUCUCAACAUCUCUUCAUUCGGAUCGAAAUCAGUCAAAAUUACCGCAACGAAGCGAAAGAGGCGGCUCUUCUGGCACUGUCCAGUGCUAAGAAGCUUGGCCUCGACUUCCUCAUCGACUUCUACAAAAACGCGAUCGAGGUGAUCGAUGACAUGGACAUGGAGAAGUUGCUGGCGUUCGACGCGAUCGCAGCGAGGCAGCAGCUGAUAUUAAAUUUAAUGCCAGACGAUAUGAAAAGCGAGGUGGAUUUUCUUUGGAGACGGAUGGACGCGGUUCCUGCGAGCCGUAGAUUGUCGGUGAUGCCUGGCUGCAAGCCCGUGGAUCGCAAGUUCAAGCUGCCCUGCAAGAGGAUGACCAUAUUGCCUAGUCCUCCGCGAGACCCCGAAAAAGAGGCCAGGAAAGCUCUACUGGCGCAAUACGAGUCCUCCAAGGACAAACCUAGUUUCGUGGACUUCGAUGAAUAUGAAUAACGUUUAGAGUCUGCAGUCUCGUAAAUGUCGAUCCUGUUCGUCUUGAACGGUUGACUGUGUCACCAGGUUCGCGAGUACGAAGCAUACUCUGGUCGGUGAACGAGAACCACAGCUUUGUCGAAGUGUUACAAGUUAUACAAGAACGGACUUAACGUCGUGUACCUUGAUGAAUAUGAAUGGCAAUGAUGAAGCGUAAAGUUACGAGUAUAGGUACUAAGUUUCGUUGAUCUCCGAUAAGAUUUUGAGGACUUUGAGAAGUUGAAACUGUUAUCCUUGACAAGUGAGAAGCAUAUACUUGUUAUAAACUUUUGGACCAAGAUCGGACCAGCCUUCGUUGCACUUGGCUGGUUUCGAACUAUAAAGCCUCGGAGAUAGAUACGAAAUUUCGAUACGUGUUUAGGAAGCGAGAGUUUAAGGAAGUCGAAGAGGUUGGAACCGUCGUCGAAUCGAUAAAUGAAAAAUGAGGAUAUUGCUGGCUGUGCGACAGAGAGAAUGGGAAAUUUCUUUGGAUUUUUUCACAGUCGAAUUUACGAUUAAAGCUUCGGAACUUCGAAAGAGAGUGGCGUUUAGCGUUCGAGUGAAUUUUUCUCGGUUCUUUAAGGAAUAAUCUUAAACGUUCUGGCGGUGCCGCAGUGUCGAUCUUCUUGAGAAUGGUUCUUUGAAAGCGGAAUGAGUAUGACAUAGUGCCAUAUUCGCCAGUCUGUAACGCUUUAUCUCCGCCUUUAGGUUUGCCUCGGUGAAAAAGAUAGAAUUGAUGGUAGCUGGAUUUUCCGCGCAGAGUCUGGAAAAUUGCGCCAGCUAAUAGGAUAAGUUCUCUCGUUGUCUGCUUGCGCUCUGUUAAAUGGAUAGUUCAAGUUCCUCUGUUGAAGUCCAUUGCGAAAAUCCGAUUGCAGAUCGAUUAACAAAAUUUGCGUUUAGUUCGCGAACCUGUACGCUGUUAAUGUAAUUGUAUAAAUUUAGCUCGCGACUGUUUCAUUGAUUUUUAUUAUAAAACGAUUACUCCCGCUUGCAAAUUCACAAUAAUAUUCAUUCUAUUUUGUGUGUGCAUGUGCAUGCGCGUAAGAGGAUUUAAAAAAUAUAAAUCGAUCUUUUAAAAAUAGCUGAAAUUAUAGUACAAUCCAGAUGCAUAAAGCUUCCCGUUUAUAUUUUGAAAUAUCGUAAAAUUAUUGGCAAACUUCAAAGUACCAUAAUCAUGACGAAAUUCAGGCGAGAUUUCAACCAGACAAACGUCAGCGUCAGUUUAAACGUUGAUGGCGGUCCUCGCGAGCAGAGGCCCGAGAGGCAACUCGGAGGAUUUGAACGAUACAAGAAAAGCGGUGGAAAAUGCGGAAAGUCGCGCGCGUCUCGAUCACAAGAAAAGCGAUUGCAAGGUGGCCUCGAAGAAUAAUCGAGAAUACGCGCAAUCUUUGCAUCGCGAAGCUGAUCAGCUAUACCGCAGGCAAGAUCUGCCAAAUUUUUAUAUUUUAUUCCCUUCAAAAGAUUCUAAGAGGCUAACCACUCCGCCCAAGAAGUAACUUUUACAAAUUGGACAGUCGACGUCUUCAAUUUCAUUCACGAACUUUCGACAGCGUAAUUUUCCAAGCAAAUCUUUUCACUUUAAAACGCGAUCUUGUAUAGCGUUCGUAUAUCGCGUUACAAUUUAUUUUGUAAAUGUUGAUACACCGAUGUUUUGAUAGAAUUGAAUUUUUCGAGAAUACAGGCAACGAAGCGUAGAAAAACGGACGGUGCAGGUGGUCGUGUUUGCGUUCGUUUUGUUAUCAACGUUCUACUAUCGUUUUAUCAACUUUCUCUUCGGAUCGAGUGGAAAUUUCAAACCGAAAGUCGAAAUAGAAACUAAACCGCAAUUAUUGGAAUUGUUUCGCUUGAAAUUUAAUUGCGCGCUUUGGUCAGGCCUUUACUACGCAUCGAUUUCAACGAUUUCAUCAGCGAAAUGAAUUUAUUUUCUUGAAAUGGCCGUACAGACUAUUAGAGAAACCGUGACUGUAUCGUUUAAUUACUUUUGCAUAAUUAAUCGCACGGUUUGACCAGGCUGAAUGUUCCGUCAUUAAAGACGUCAUGAUAGAAUUAUGUCGGUGACAAUGUUAGCUCUCGCAUCGAAAUCCAAUUGUCUUUUAGUAUGUUGCGUGUUGUUGAAAUUUAAUAUGUUACGAAAUGGAUUUCACACAUACAGAUGUGUAUCGUAAUUAAUGGAUUGGGUUUCGUUCAUUAUACGUGCGGUAACGUUAUUUCAGAUCGUUAGUGAUGUGAUCAUCGAUAAACUCUCGUUUGUUAAUAUUCAAAUUGUAUUUCGAUUUAAGGUAAUAUUCUUCGAUAAUAUGUUCAAAGGUAAAAAUCUUCAAAAUAAUCUCCUCCGCAGCUCCAAAUGAAAGCGAAAUCUAAGCGAAGUGAAUGUUUCGAGUUGUAUAAAGUCUUUGAUAUGGUACGUUCGAGGGAAUUACAGAGGAAUUACUGUAAACAGCUUCAAAACCACACGAAUUUCACGCGAUAUAAUUUCGAACGAUCGAAUACAGUGAAAUUACGAAAUCGGAUAAUCUUUGCCUGCGUUAUUACGCUCGUGCAAAUAUUACAAAUUCUUUGUCAUACGAUCGGUAAGCAGACACGGUAGCACGUGCACAGCUCGAAACCGAAACCGAAACCCGAGCGAUAGAACGUCCGAGGAAUUUACAGACAAUCGUAUUGAAACGCAAUGCACCAUGUACGUAUUCGUCUGAUUGAAACUAUGACAAAGCAUUAACUGAAAACUUUUCAUUGGUUACACAUCUAAUUAAAUUUCCUAUUUCCGUCAUAAUCGUAUUUAACAAAGAGCGAUUGGCGUGUGUCAGCAAGCGCCUGUUCCAACCGUUGUAUUUUCCAUAAUUUCUGGCAUUUUGCGCGUGUACUUCAGGCGUCGGUUAAUUAUCGAAAUUAGCUCAUCGCCACUGUACACAAGGUAACGACCGAUGACGCGGUGUUAAAGCGUUGUUUAAACAGACCCUUGUCCUUUCCCCGUGAUUAAU